UUUUACUAGUUUUAAAUGCCAUCAAUAUAUUUAUAGUUAUACAGUACAAACUACUGCAUUGUUUGUGUCAUAUCUAAGUAUGUACAUAUGUUCUACCACAUGCUAAACAGCUGCUUAUUUAACACUGUAGGCAUUUUGCGGCUCCAAGUUUAUAUUGAAAGCACCUAUUCUUUUUUAAUGGUAUUUAAUGAAUGCCUGUAACAAACAAGCUACAUAUGUAUGUACAUAUGUUCUAGGUCACCUUAUGUGUAAAACGAUUUUAGAAUUAAAAACAACAGCAUACCCAGCCAAGUGUUAAAAACACAUUCUAGGGAUUAUAAGUGCACGACUUAAUUAAUCAAACAAUUAUAACUUGCCAUGGCUUCGAAGCCGCAAAUAUUAAUUAUUGAACCAUUCUACGGCGGCAGUCAUAAACAGUUAAUAGACACAUUAGUUGAAUGUUUAAGUGUUGACGACUAUGAGAUCUUUAGCAUGCCGGCCAAAAAGUGGCACUGGCGAGCGCGCACUUCAGCGCUUUACUUUUCACAACUAAUACCUCCGGAGCACGAGUAUAAGGUAUUGUUGACUAGUUCAGUGCUGAAUCUGGCGGAACUGAUUGGUGUGCGUCCGGAUCUAGUUAGCUGUCGCAAGAUUGUCUAUUUCCAUGAAAAUCAACUGGUAUACCCAGUGCGUGAAGUAAAAGAACGUGACUGUCAAUAUGGCCUGAAUGAGAUACUCACCUGCCUGGCAGCAGACAUAGUACUCUUUAACUCUAACUUUAAUCGCACUUCAUUUCUGGACAACGUGCAGCCGUUUCUCAACAUACAGCCAGACUUUAAGCUUAAGCACAUACGUGAGCGUAUUGAGAAAAAGUGUGAAGUACUCUAUUUUCCGAUUAAACUCCAUGCAUUUCCAAACAAACAACAGAUAAUGAAAGCCGACACUAAUAUGGAACCAGACUGCUUGCAUUUAAUUUGGCCACAUCGCUGGGAGCAUGACAAAAAUCCCAAACUGUUGAUGGAGGUGCUGAUGGAACUAAAUAAGCGCCAGGUGGAAUUUAAAGUAACUAUAUGCGGUGAAAGUUAUCAAGCGGUGCCAGAGGCAUUCGAUGGCAUACAGGAAAAGCUGGGUUCCAAGCUGAUCAACUUUGGGUAUCUCACGCGUGAAGAGUACAUAAAGACGCUGUUAACGGGCGACGUAGUCAUCUCCACAGCGGGCCACGAGUUUUAUGGUGUAUCCAUGCUAGAAGCCACAUAUUGUGGCUGUUAUCCCAUAGCUCCCAAUAAGCUAGUUUAUCCAGAAAUUUAUCCCAAGGAGAAUCUCUAUAACACAUCUAAUUCGUUGAUCAAAAUGCUAUACAAUUGGUGUCGCAAUCCAAGGAUCUUUCGCCUGCAUCGCGACAAAUUUUUUGAUUUCUUUACAUUUGAGCGCUACUCGUCGCAGCAUUUGGUGCCAAAGUACUUGGAAAAAAUGCGUAUAACGGAUUAAAUGUAUAUAUUGAAUACUUGGAUAUAUAUAUAUUAUUAAUAUUUAUGUCCAAAGAAUUAUUAAAACUAAUAUUCGCCACAUAAGACUUAUUUAAUUUUAGCCAUAUAAGACAAAAUUAUCGUGCCGAGAAAUUUUCCACUUUGUCGUCAUUUUGAUAUUUUUCUUUUGCUAAGUUUAACAAUUAUAAGGGAUAACCAUGUAUAUGCUCUACGAUUUUGAUAUAAUUAUUAAUUGUAGCGAACCUAAUGGCAGAGAUGCAGUCGUUUUGUGCAAUAAACAACGAAUUUAGAAUUGUAAGCCUAGUGUGUAAUAUUAACUGACCAAUUUACUAUAUGUAAUUAUACAAAAGUAUGUAGACAUCAGCUACCCUUAAUCAAUUAUUGUUAAUUAUACUUUCAGCUGUUAGCAGUGCAUCAUCUACAAGUUGUUCUAUUAAAUAAUAUAUGCAUUUAUUAUUAUUAAAGGUCUACAUAUUUCUCACCUAUAAUUGCCUUGGGUCUUAGAUUUAAUGUUUUUUUUAAAUAGUAAGUAAUUUUAAUUUA